ACUGCACUUAUCUAUCCACAACAAUGUGGCUUCACCAGCAGAAAAGUUCACCUUUGCAGAUUUAGCACAUUAAAAAUAGACUAUUAUUCACAAGAAAUUGGCAACGGACUAUGAAGCGAGAACUUUAUUGGUGAGGGUAUAAGCGCAUAGCUGCUUAGAGAUCCUCUCCACCCUCUCCAGUUCAAGUUGAGCGCACAAGAUGCCAUCUGUUCUCUCCCUCUCAAACCCGGGCCUGACAGUCUGAAUAACUCUUGGUCGGAAUGACGUUUGUUGCUGGCAGUAAAAUGGACUUCCUGUCCCCGCGAUAUCACAAGCAGUCCCUAGUUCAAACUCUCUGUCGUUUUGGAUUGUUCGUGAUCUGUAUGGGAAUGGUGUUGACCAUGUCUAUGUAUCCCAUGCUGAGGGUCCUGGGUGGAAAGCUCCAUUCUUCCUUUACAGGGAGCUAUCUACCUGGACACCACUCUGUUCUCCUCGUCAACUGCCCCAACGAACAGACAGCCAAGGACAUCGGCCGAGCCAUUAUGGAGAGGAGGAUGGCAGCAUGCAUCAAUAUUCUGCCCAGGACCUCCACCAUGUAUUACUGGAAAGGGGAGAUUCAAGAUGCGACGGAAAUUCUGAUGUUGGUGAAGACGAGGACCUCGAAGAUCCAAAGGCUCAUAGACUAUGUCAAGUCUGUGCAUCCCUAUGAGACUCCAGAGGUGCUUAGUUUCCCUGUGGAGGACGGGAGCCUGCCCUAUUUGAAGUGGGUGGAUGAGGCUGUUCCUGACGACUGACCAGUGAGGGAGAAUAUCCUCAAUGACUUGUGAUCUUAUUGGACGUGAAUCUCCAAUCUAUUGGUUGACUGUAGAGUUAAGGCAACAGCGAUUGGCUGGGAACCAGCAAGCUUUGGAUUGGCUUGAGGGGUUCCAAGUUCAAACUCUUGCUUUUGAACUUGAUCCACAGAUGCUAAAUGUUUAGCUCCUCCCACCAUGACAUUGAUAUUGACUCAGAGUUGUUUUGCCUCUGUUUUAUAAAGGUCCUGUUGUUGCCAUUGAAAUUCCGAGCUUGACAUGACCUCUGUAACGUUCAAUGUCAGUUUGUCAGAGCUGAAAGAGUUUGUAAAUCAAAUCUAAUUUAUUUGUCACAUACACAUGGUUAGCAGAUGUUAAUGCGAGUGUAGCGAAAUGCUUGUGCUUCUAGUUCCGACAAUGCAGUAAUAACCAACAAGUAAUCUAACUGCAGAUAAUUAUCUCAAAAAAACAUUAAACAUUAAAUAAUAUUCAGUGAUGAUUUCAAUGUAUUAGUUACAUUAGACUGUUUAUUUAAAGUGUAUAUUGUAUUGUAUUCCUAAAACAUCAGAUUCAUGUUAGAUUAAAUCACAUUCCUUUUACUUAUCUGGUUUCUCUCUAGAUGACAGAGCACCCCUGUUUACUGUUUCACUGUGAACCAAAAAGUUGAUUGCACUGCAUUUUGAGAGGGAAUCUUGAACACUUUUUGAGAUUUGUGUUCUAAGGAUAACUUUUUGUAAUAUAUGAUGGCACAAAUGCGUUCCUUAUUCCUUAAGGUGAUACAUACAGUUUAAGUCGGACGUUUACAUACACCUUAACCAAAAUACAUUUAAACUCUGUUUUUCACAAUUCCUGACAUUUAAGCCAAGUAAAAAUUCCCUGUCUUAGGUCAGUUAGGAUCACCACUUUAUUUUAAGAAUGUGAAAUGUCAGAAUAAUAGUAGAGAGAAUGAUUUAUUUCAGCUUUUAUUUCUUUCAUCACAAUCCCAGUGGGUCAGUAGUUUAAAUAAACUCAAUUGGUAUUUGGUAGCAUCGCCUUUACAUUUUGCUUCGAUAUUUCCACGUAAUUUUCCCGCCUCAUGAUGCCAUCUAUUUUGUGAAGUUAACCAAUCCCUCCUGCAGCAAAGCACCCCCACGACAUGAUGCUGCCACCCACGGGCUUCAUGGUUGGAUGGUGUUCUUCGGCUUGCAAGCGUCCC